AUGGACCCAUCACCGGAGAAUGAUUCCCUUUACACUACACUAGACACUUCUCGCGACGAGAUUCGGCUUCUCGAAAUCAUCUCAAUCGAGCCUGUAGUCUGCAAGCUUUCUAUCGUGUCUCUCCUCGAUAAGCCAGAGUUCUCCGCUCUAUCAUAUACCUGGGGUAAUGCGAGUGCCACCGAACUCGUCAUCGUUGAAGGAAGAUCUAUCGCCGUAACGACGAGUCUCAUUCAUGCCCUCAAAACGGUUUACUUCCAAUGGACGGAAGGCUAUUGUUCCGACGACAACUCUGGUCACAAGAUUUGGGUUGAUGCCGUUUGUAUCAAUCAGCCAGAUAUUCAAGAGAAGAACUUUCAGAUACCUCUGAUGUACGAGAUCUACACGAGCGCGCAGCGAACGUUCUGCUGGGUUGGCUUACCGACA